UAAUGAGAAAGAAUGAAGACUCAAUUGGCAGAAGAUAGAGGUCUACUUGAAACCACCAUAGAAAUGAAGACCAACAACGAGAGUGGAAACAUCAGCCAUAUUAUGCUUCAUUUCAAUGAGGAAGAUAUGAUGACUCCGUUGGCAGAAGAUAAUGAUCUACUUGAAACCACAAUAGAAUAUAAGGACCAACAACAAGAUGAGAUGACCCGAUUGGUCAAAGACAAACACCUACUUGAAACCCCCAUAGAAAAUGAAGGCCAACAUGUAGCGAAUCGUCAAGCGAAGAGAAGCAAAAUUAUGUGCAUGAAUUCCACCUCAUUGUCCUCUUCUUCUCUAACUGAUACAUGUUUCCGCAAGGCUCUAACUCGAACUCUGGCGCUGGUCAAAGCUCCAAUUGUAACUCCUGCUAGUUUUGUUCCUUCGCAACCACAGGGUUUGACUCGAGACUUUACAAAACCUAAUUUGUUUAGCUCCAACUCUAGAAAUACCGAGUUGGAGUUUGCAGAGGAAAGCUUCAGCAUGUCGUCGAACUCUUCGUUUAUGUCAUAUGUCAAACCUGAGGAGAGUAUCGGUUCAAACUCUAUGCAAGAUUCUUCUCUAUUCUUGAAGCCAGCGCCUCCUGUUUCAGCUGGAAAAGGAGUACUAUCCUCACUUACGUUCAAGAAGAGGAAACAGAGUGAAAAGGUGAUCAGAGUUCCAGCAAUCAGUGCAAGGCUCGCCGAUGUUCCGCCAGAUGAGUUUUGUUGGAGGAAGUUAGGGCAAAAGCCGAUCAAGGGCUCACCAUACCCACGGGGAUAUUACAAGUGCAGUAUCAUCAGUGGGUGCCCUGCCACAAACAAGUGGAGCGAGACAUGGAUGAUCCAUCUGAUAAGAUAG